AUAGAUCUGUCAUCAUCCUUCGUACAAUGCGAGAAGGGAAGUGUAAAGAAGUGUUAGAGGGACACCGCGGAGCCUUAUGAGAGCUGUCUGUACGGUAGCUGGCUGGGUAAUCGACACACUGUGAACAGACCCUGACAGACUGUCCUGAAGACAACAGUAUUUUCUACAGUUUUUCGCAGCACGUCAGCGUCCAGAGGAAGAGACCGGGCAGUGUGACAUGGCAAGUAGAGGUGGAGCUACACGACCCAAUGGGCCGAACGCAGGCAACAAGAUUUGCCAGUUCAAACUUGUGCUUUUAGGAGAGUCGGCUGUGGGGAAGUCGAGUCUCGUACUUCGUUUCGUCAAGGGCCAGUUUCACGAAUUCCAAGAGAGCACAAUCGGAGCUGCCUUCCUGACUCAGACAGUAUGUUUGGACGACACAACAGUCAAGUUUGAAAUCUGGGACACAGCUGGUCAGGAGCGCUACCACAGUCUGGCUCCCAUGUACUACAGAGGUGCCCAGGCUGCCAUUGUGGUGUAUGAUAUUACAAAUGAGGAGUCAUUUGUACGGGCGAAGAACUGGGUUAAAGAGCUUCAGAGACAAGCCAGUCCAAAUAUUGUAAUAGCUCUGGCUGGAAACAAGGCUGAUCUCGCAAACAAGAGAGCACUGGACUUCCAGGAUGCACAGUCAUACGCAGAUGAUAACAGCUUGCUUUUUAUGGAAACAUCAGCAAAGACCUCUAUGAACGUGAACGAGAUAUUCAUGGCCAUUGCAAAGAAGCUACCCAAGAACGAGCCCCAAGCAGCUGGAGCCAGCAGCGGGCGGAACCGGGGAGUGGACCUGACGGAGACGGCUCAGCCCGCCAGCCGUUCCUGCUGCAGUAACUAACCCAGCUCUUCCUGCUCAUCCUCUCCUCCCCCCACACACACACACACCCACCUCCUCCGCCCCACCCUCCCAACUGAACAUCUGGACAUCGGGCUCCUUGGCUUCCUGACGUCAGAUCUGACCGUCAACCUCACUCCCCUCCUGGAAUAGCUAAAAGACUCUGUAUAGCUGCAUUUCUAAUACCUUUUUUUUUCCUUUUUUUUCGUUUAUGUUCUUUUUUUUUUUUAACUUUUUUUAAGAAGUGUAUAUCAGUAUAAUGGAUGCAUGUAUCACUACAACGCCUAAAACACAUUUUUAUCUCUUAUUCAGUUGGAAGGCUAACCCCAAUUUAAGAAAGAUGAGCGAGCGAGAAACCUGUGAACGUGUGAUUGUGUCGUGUGUGAAUUUUCAGAGUGUGAUUUGCUGAUGAGAAGGUGUAGCCUCAUUUGUCACUUCACAGGGUCUACUGGAUGCGAAUGGUGUUGCCUGUAAAGCUCUCUGUGUGCAGGUUUAGUUAUGAUCACAAUCAGAAGAAAAACCAAAUUGUUCCCACCUUGAGACGCCUGGGUCCUCAGACUGUCGUGAGGCAUCGACACAGUGCCAGGAAAAGGAUUGUUGUGCAAACCAAGAAUCCCUCCCUACUCACAUCUGUUACACAAGAAAACAUCUUCAUCCAAGGGUCCUAAUGGAAAGUGCGGCAAAUAGAAUUGGUACUGUCCUUUUUUUGUCGUUGAAAAAGUUGGAAACAAAGUCUUUUGAGAGAAUUGAAAAAGAAAAACCACCUGAAACACAUUCGGCUCCUGUUAUGAUCUGUAGAGCAAAAUGGGCUUGUCACGUUGCCGUAGCAACUGUGUCUCUGUUGUGUGGAAAACAUGGAGUUUUGUAAAGUGCGGGAACAUCAGGAACCAACACCUUCAGGCCAAAAUGACAGGAUGUUUUAAUUUUGGCUUUGCUAUUUAAGAAAUGCUUUCAUCAAGUCCAUCACAGAAGUAAAAUUAUGACACUUCCAGUGGAAAAUAAAAUCAACAGAAAACUUGAAGACUGUUGAACAUCCUGCUUUGUGAGUUGCAAAGACUUGAACAUACGACUAGUUCUAUGUUAAACUUUGUGAAUCCGCUCCAUUUCUGUCCAGGCCAGUAGUCAAUUUGGUUGAUCUCAUUCGAUGGGAGGGAUGUUUUUAAAAUAGAGUUCAGACAGCACACAAACAGUAAAUUGGACUACUACCAUUGUCACAAGUCUGUGGAGAAAAAAAUAUAUACUCUAAUGUUGUUAUAGGGUGCAAUGUUGUCUUCUUCCUCCUUUAGCACAGCUUGCUGAGCUUGUGAGCUCACCGGAAAUUUAUCUAGAGAUUCUGAACAAUUGUACAGUUCAAUAUAAGUCUGCUUUUUUUUUUUUUUUUUUUUUUUCAUCCUAGACCUUGUCACAAACCGGUCAAAUGUUAAGCAGUGGUGGUCUUUUUAGGUAUAUGUAGUGUUAUUAACAAAAUCCCUCUCUGGUGUCUUGUUACUUUUCUCAGAAAUGGUCCAUGGUCAUGUUUGAAAGGAACUUUUAUUGCAUUGCACAGUGUUGAUCAUGUUUUAAUUAAUGACUGCCCUUCGAUUUUAUAUGACGGACUGUAUUGGACUUGCUAACCUACAGCUAUAAGCAGGUAGCAUAAUUAACCUUACUGGUGGUCUCUCUUACAGCUCAAUGAAUUUUAAUGAUGUAAAACAGCAUUACUAGUGAUGGGCUGAUCAGUUUUGAGUGUCUGAAUACAACUUAAUAAAUUCAAUAAAGAGG